AGGUGCUCCUGGGCGUCGUGGCCUGCAGGGUGGUGAUGCUGGACGGUGCGGACGGGGAGGAGAAGGCGCCCAAGACGGGGCCGAUGAGCACUCUGCUGCCGCUGGUCGGCAUGGUGGCCGUCAUCCUGCUGCGCGCCACGGGGGUCAUCGCGCUCAGCGACAUGCUCACGCGCGCGCUCAUCUUCAUGCCUCUCUUCCUGGCGUUCCUGAUGGCGGCCCACCGUGCGAGCGUGAAGCCCAAGGUCGAGGACGCGAUCGUCAAAGUCCUCUCGAGCAAGAUCCUCACCACCCUCGGCGGCCUCGCAUUCCCCAUCUUCGUGAUCCACGGCCCCCUGGGCCAGUUGUUUUACAAGAAGCUCAUCGCGACCAAGCUGUUCGGCGGGCCGCUCAACGUUGUCUGUGGACCAUGGUUCUUCUACGUCUAUUUGGCCAUCGUGCUGGCCAGUGCUUGGGUCCUGCAGAAGACGUUCCUCUCCAGCAAGAAGGUCGGCGAGCUGUCCAAGCGCGCGUGCGGCAAGCUCGCCGAGGUCUGCUGAGGCGCCGCCUUGCCUGCGUGGAGGGCUCCGAGGGCCAUGCGCCACCCCCGCGUGGGUUCGGCGGUCCGCGGGUCGGGCUGCCGCGGUCGGUGGAGCGACCACCAGCGGGGCCCGCGGGAGGCGGGCCGGGGGCAGCGGCAGGGAGCGGCCAGGCAGCCGCUCCCGGGGCGCCCAUUUUUCGCGGCCAGCGCGCCGCGCCGGUUUUAUCAGCGUGUUGGUUCGAAGGCCUGAGGCCUCCGCCGCCGGCCCCCGCACGCGCACGUCCCUCGUGCCCCAGUGGUUGUUGAGAUCAGCGCGGCCGCCGCCGCAGCGAGAAGCGGAG